UAUAAUAUGCUACAGUCUACACAGCUAGGGACUACAAUUGCCAGAUGAAAACACUAAUACAACACAUGAACUGUAUUUGUCAUUACCAAAUAAAUAAUCUAUUUGCUUUACACAUGGGUAAGGAAUGAUUGAAUUACUUAAGAAAAUAUAUCAUCGUAAUAAUGUUACCAUUUAUUUCAAAUCAACAUUUAAAUUCAAAAGUAAACCUUAACCAAACAUCAAAAAGUGAACUUACAAUAUCAUGUGAGUUGCCAUAUUGGCGAUCGGACUCGUCUAGAUUAACAGGAUUAAUAUUGUAUUAAACAAAACAGUAGUUUGCAGUUUUCCAUGAAAUAUAUAUGUACACUUACAUAAGAACAAUAAAGUACAUGUAAGUAUUUUAGGCUUUGCAAUAUAAUCACAAACUAAAAACCAGGAGAAAAAAAAGGUCAAAUUCACACCCCAAGGUAUUCUUUGAGAAACUCUAAAACACUCUUUGAAAUGUUUCAACGAAGACGGAGUUGACAAAUCAUCGAUCAUAGUCACGUUAAAAUGCCAAACCGGCGUACACAAAACCUGUUUUGAACAGCGAAAACAGACAAUAGAGCCAUGAUACCAUGUGUGCUUACCAUCUUGAACUAACGUGUACUGGUAUUGUUUAAAGCUAUAGAAAAUACCUCAACUAUUUAUUGUGUAUUAAAAUCUCUGAUGUAGGUGGAAAUCGAUAUCAAAAGAGUGGCUUGCCAGUCGUUUGGCGGUCACACAGUGUCGACGUCUGCUCGGAAAACGGUUGGUAUUUCAGAGUCGGACAUGCUGCUAUCCAUCUCAUAUUUUAUUUUGUGGCUUGUGGGUGAUACUAAAACAGCUGAGAGACUUCAUGAUUUUUCAAUUGACCUGUACGAUGAAGACCCUUCGUUGUACCCACUCUCUGCCUCCAAAUUGUGCUACUUUUACUCCGGGAGCGUGACCACUCCCGGGGCAACUGCCACCGUUGCCUGCUCAAGACCCGUCACCGGUCGGUUUGUGAGGAUCAGUGGGAGAAACAAGUUAAAUUAUGAUGAUAUGCUGACAAUGUGCGACAUACAAGUGUUUGGAGUGAGAAUGAAUACACAUUUCAAUUCGUGCGCAUCCCUUGUUCAGUACAAACGAAAACAAUUCAACACAACACCAACCAAGACCAUCACCGUAGACAGUCCCGCAUCGUGUGCUUCAGAGUGCGAGCGCUGGGAGACCUGCACGGGGUUCAACAUCAGACACCUGCCGGACGCCACGUGUGAACUGCUGCAAGGGGCGACUAUUGACUCUCUACAGUCCAAUCCCACAUGGGACAGUUACCUAUACCAUCCAUGCUUCAAUGUGUGCGAAUGAAACUGCAUAUACUUUUCGCCCUGUGAAGAUCCGGUCUUCAACAACCCCUGCUUGGCGUAAAAGGCGACUAUGCUUGUCGUAAGAGGGACUAACGGGAUCGGGUGGUCAGGC